AUCCACACAAGCAUCUUCUCAGGCAUCUCAAGACACCAACACACUCCUCAACCUACGCAACAAAUUUCUACACACAAAUCAAAACUUCAAAAUGCAGUUCAUUGUUGCAGUCACCGCUCUCUUCGCCGGCCUCGCCGCCGCCUCUCCUGCUGCCAAGCGCACUGGCUAUGUCACCCUUGAGUACUGGGCAGCCGCAGGCAACACCUUCACCGUCUCUGUCCCCAUCGACGGCUCUGAGACUUGGAUCGACUCCGAUCUGAGCUUCACUUACAUCUCCUCUUGGUCCCCCGGCAACACCGUCUGCCACUCCUACGGAGUCGAUGGCUCCGAUACCGUUCUGUACGGCAGCGAGUCUGAUGUUCCCAUUGGACCCCCUCAGGUCCAGACUUACGCUGUCUGCGAGUACAACUGAAUGGAUGCAUAUUAGCAUGCAUCGGAUCAGUUCUGGGUCCAUGGUGGACUGCACUGAGACUUCUAAAGCUUGAUGUGAGAUCAAAGCUUGAGCGGCGAGAAAAGUCAAAACGUUUGGCUAGGAUUCUAGGGAGGCCGUCUUAACGGUAGUUUCAUAUUAGUCUCUUGUGUUGUAGGAAUUUUGGAAAACACUCCUUAAGAAAAGUCGACUAUAAUCAAUUUGAAUUGCAAUUCAGCCCCUA